AUGGGCCAGCAGCUCGAACUGACGGUCGUGGUGCCAGCGUUCGACGAGGCUCCCAACAUCGAGCCCCUCACGCGCCGUCUGUUUGCGGCUACACGCAAGGCAUGCGUGCGCGCCGAGCUCAUUGUCGCCGACGACGAGUCGCCCGGCUCCGCAGCGACGGCGGCUGCGGUGGCCGCGCUGGCAGCCGAGGGGUUCGAGGUGCAGCUCCUCGCACGUAAGCGCGGGGAGGGGCGCGGGCUCGCAUCCGCGGUGCUGAAUGGCUUCGGCGCCGCUGCGGCGCCGGUCGUCUUGUGCAUGGAUGCCGAUUUGCAGCACGAGCCCGAAGCUGUGCCGGCGGUGGCGAGGCCGGUCCUCGACGGCGACGCGGACUUCGCGGUUGGGUCGCGCAACGUCGGGGGCGGUGGUGUCGGCUUCGAGUGGUCGCUCUUACGGCGUGCCAUCUCCCACGGCGCCACUCUCCUCGCGGUCCCCCUGUCCGGCUCAUCGGACCCCAUGUCGGGCUUCUUCUGCCUGUCCAAGGAGACGCUCGCGCGCGGCGCGGCGGCGGGCAUCAAGACGAAGGGGUUCAAGAUCGGGCUCGAGCUGAUGGUUCGCUGCCGCUGCACACGCGUGCGGGACGUGCCAAUCACUUUUCGGGACCGGCUGGCGGGCGAGUCGAAACUAACGAUGAGGCAAAACAUAGAGUACGUGCUUCAGCUGGCGGACCUCUACGUCUUCAAGCGGCUGCUGUCCCAAAUGCCGCCUCGCAAGCGCGCCGCCGCCACCGCAAAGUCGCCGUCCAAGCCAGCAUCCAAGGCGCAGAAGAAGUCCAGGAAGGGAGCAGAGGCGGCUGAGCCGGACGUCGCCGUCGUCUCGACGGGGCGCGGGCCGCGCACGGCGGCUGAGGUGUGGGGAAACGCCGAGUACGUGGAGGACGGGGUGAUGGGCGCGGCCGGCUUCGCAAAGCUGUGCGAGGCACUCGAGCUGAAGGAGAUGUCCUUCGAGGCUUGCUUUCUCAACCACCUCCUCUCGCCGACCGUCGACAACAUCAUGGUCGUGUGCAAAACAAAGGCUGAGCUGCAGCGCUGCAUGGAGGGCCUCGGCUGCAGCACGCUGCAAGAGGUUCCGGCCAAGCUGCGCGCGCGGCGGCAGGUGAUUGAGAACUCCUUUGGCACGGCCGACUGGAACCGCUUUUGGAAGUGGCUCUUUGAGAUGGGCAAGGCGAUCCAGGCGCUCAAGGUGAGCGCGCCGUCAAGCUCGGUGCGAACGGUGCCGCUCGACGAGGGCCUCCAGCUGAUGGAUGCGUCGCUCGGCGCGUGGUGGCUGUUCCCAAAGCUGCGCCAGUUCUCGGCGUCGGUCCACGGCCAGGCCUUCACCAAGGAUUUGUGGCUGCAGAUUGGCCGUUUCGCAAAUCUCACCGCCGUCGGCGUCGUGCUGCGGGACCUGAGCAACUAUGACGACGACGCGGCGGGCGGAGGCAACGCGUGGCCGUGCUUCAUCGAUGAGCUGGUCGAGUGGGUGCAAGGCGGCGGCGGCGAGUGAGGCCAGGAACUGAGAGGCCGCGCUCGCUCUCCGCUGAGACGUGAGAGAGAGCGCGGCGAGAGCGGGGUCGCCCACCGCCCCCCCCCGCGCCACGCCAUCCGCGGUCUUUGUGCAGGGUCCGUUUGUGUGUGUCGGGGGGGUCGGGGUGCGUGUGACUCUGUGUGUGACUCGGUGACGAGCGGUAUACCACGCGUGUGAAGCUCGGUCUGACCAAUUAUAUUAUUAUAGAGACGCAAGAAA